CCUGUAACUCCCCAGACCCUCGGCUGGGAGGGAGUGCACCUGUCAUCUUGUCUCCCAUCUCCUUGCCAGGUCCCCACCUGUACCCAUUUUUCCAUCUCCCUGACUCCUGCCCUGCCACACAUCUCCCUGAUCUCUCACUCCACAUCUCUCUGGGAAGUGAAAGUGUGGUUCCCUUCCUAUUAAUGUGCUUAGGUGCUUGGACUCAGAAGUGGCAUUCCCUGCGAGCCAGUCCCCUUACUGCAGGACUCUGGGCACCUCGCAUACCUCCCAGCCUCUGUUUUCUCAUCUGUCAAAUGGGUAUAAUUAGAGUGCCUCUCACGUAGGCCUGUUAUGAAGUCAGUGCUACUGGGAGUUGUGGUCCUCCUUGCUUACCGCCUGGAGUUCACAGACACCUUCCCUGUGCACACCCAAGGAUUCUUCUGCUAUGACAGCACCUAUGCCAAGCCCUACCCAGGACCUGAGGCUGCCAGCCGAGCACCCCCUGCACUCAUCUAUGCCCUAGUCACUGCUGGACCCACCCUCACGAUUCUGCUGGCCGAGCUGGCGCGUGCCUUUUUCCCUGCACCACCCUCAGCCAUCCCCACUAUCCGGGAGAGCACUAUCGUGUCUGGGGCCUGCUGCCGCUUCAGCCCCCCACUCCGGAGGCUAGUUCGCUUCCUAGGGGUCUACUCCUUUGGCCUCUUCACCACGACCAUCUUCGCCAAUGCGGGGCAGGUGGUGACCGGCAACCCCACGCCGCACUUCCUGUCCGUGUGCCGCCCCAACUACACAGCGCUGGGCUGCCUGCCGCCCUCACCCGACCGGCUGGGUCCUGACCACUUCGUCACUGACCAGGGUGCCUGCGCUGGCAGCCCCAGCCUGGUGGCCGCUGCGCGCCGCGCCUUCCCCUGCAAGGAUGCGGCCCUUUGUGCCUACGCAGUUACCUACACAGCGAUGUACGUGACACUCGUAUUCCGCGUGAAGGGCUCCCGCCUGGUCAAACCAUCACUCUGUCUGGCCCUGCUGUGCCCCGCCUUCCUGGUGGGUGUGGUCCGUGUGGCUGAGUAUCGGAAUCACUGGUCAGAUGUACUGGCUGGUUUCCUGACUGGGUCUGCCAUCGCUACCUUUCUGGUCACCUGUGUCGUGCAUAACUUCCAGAGCCGGCCACCUUCUGGUCGAAGGCUCUCCCCCUGGGAGGAUCUGGGCCAAGCCCCCCCCAUGGAUAGCCCCCUCGAAAAGUUAAGUGUGGCCCAGGAACCCGAGGCCUGCAGGCCGCAUUCGACACCGGCACGGCUCACCCCAUCCAAGCCGCAGAACUGCGCCCGCCGUGGCCACCUGAUUCCCAGCUGCGUAUCCUCCAGGGCUCCAGCCAUGUGUUCGUCACCCCGUGUGCCCCGCCCUCGACUGAGGUCUGAGCCGACGCCCCUGCCACUGCCCGUGCCCCUGCCUGCACCGACCCCCAGUCAGGGCCCCUCGCCCUCCUCCCCUGGACCUGGGGGGCCAGGCGGGGGAGGUGGUGGGCGUGGCCGGAAGUUGCUGCUGCCCACACCCCUGCUGCGGGACCUAUACACCCUUAGUGGACUCUACCCCUCUCCAUUCCACCGGGACAACUUCAGCCCUUACCUGUUUGCCAGUCGUGACCACCUGCUGUGAGACCUACC